UGAAGGUGUGUCGUCAUGAAAUGGGAGAAGUUGAAGCCUCCAGAGCCAGACGACCAAAUGUGUUGUUGUGAGUGUGACGUCUUCCAGUGUGGAUGUUGUUGUUGUGACUGUGACGACGUGGACCAGGCUUUUAACAGAUGGUUGCGGGACAGGACACCAAAGGCUGGAUGUCACUCUGCUCUCCUGGGGGCCUUGAUUGACCACUUGGAGAUCUCCAUAGUUCCAGCGCUGGUUCUCCUGCCGCUCCUGAUGCGUGUGGCGGCGCUGCACUACCUGCUGGGCAUCAUGACCCUGACGGCUCUGCCCGGCCUGGUGCUGUGGCUCUACUACGCCACCCACAGGAGGAAGAGACGGACACUCUUCUUCCUCACCCUGGCGCUCAACUCUCUGGCCUACACCUACUACCUCUUCAUCACGGAGAUUCUUCCUCGUGGGGACGUGAGCCGCAUCCAGCUGUGCUCCCUGACCGCCGGGGUGAUCCUGACUAUUGCCUCGCUGGUUCGGACCAAGAGAGGUCCGGGAUUUGUCAGGACUGAAGCUGUUGAGUAUUCGCCACACGCUAGCGUCCAAUCAGAGGCGUCUUCUUGCGCAGGCGCAACAUCACAGUUUCCCACAGGAAGUGGACGAUGCAGCUGGUGUCCUGUGUGCAAAAUUAGGCGACCAUCUCGGGCGGGACAUUGCAGGACAUGCAGAGCUUGCGUCCAACGCCUGGACCACCAUUGUGUCUGGAUAAACAGUUGUGUAGGACAGGCUAACCACCACAGCUUCCUGUUGACCGUGUGUGUGUUCCUGCUGACAUCUUUGUACGGCAUCGGCCUGGUGCUGCACAGCCUGUGUCCUCAACAGUACCUGGUCAGCGCGCUCUUCUACUGCCCAGGUGUCUACACUCAGUCCAGCUCAGCGCUCUGCUUCACGUGUGCCUGGUACGGCGUCAUCGUAACGGGCGGCCUGAUGUACCUGCUGGUGGCGCAGGUGAUGAAUAUCAGCUUUAACGUGACAGAGCGGGAGGCUCAGCUGGCCCUGAGGAACAAAACGGGCCAGAGACGCCUGUGCGGGCUCGCCGUCGCCACGGGAACAAAUUCACGAGGCCUCUACCAGAACUGGGUUGACUUCCUCUCUAUGGCCGAUGCCUCGAUGGCGGGCAAGUGGUACCUGAUUGGUUUCGCCUCCAACGGCCAAUGGUUUGUCAACCGCCGCGCCAGUAUGAAGAUGGGCACGGCCGUGCUCGGCCCGACUGCAGACGGUGACCUGGAUAUGUCCUAUGCAAGUUUGAAAUCUGACGGCUCAUGCUGGAGAAUGAACAACCUGGCGAAGAAGACGGACAUGCCUGGAAAGUUCACGUACACAAGCUGGGGCAACGCCAACGACAUGCGUGUGGUGGAUGUCAAGUACGACCAGUACGUCCUGACGCACACUGUAAAGUUAGACGGGGGUAAUCCAACAGUGAUAAACAAGCUUUACGGCCGUGCACAGGAUCUCAGCACGGAUCUGCUGGAGAAGUUCAGGCAGUUCUCACUCGAAACUGGAAUUCUACCUGAAAAUAUUGCAUUCCUUCCCAAAAAUGGUGAGUGCCCGGCAGCCUGAAAUGAACGAGCUGCUGUCAAAGAGGAAUAUUUACUAGAAAUACAGAUGUGUGCAAAUAAAAACAGCUAACAUAC